CUCAGGGUUAUAUCUGUGGGAGUUCCAGUCCCUGCCGAAGGAGCUAUUGAUAUUCCUAUCAUUGAGAGGGAGGUCAGCAGCCCCAGGAAACAUUUUAAGAUGGCCCUUGCUCCGUUAUUCCGAGUCGGUGAUGUGGAGGGCACCAUGUUACGGGUACGUCAGAGCCGAGCUGCACACAGUGCUGUCACCCAUUACCGCGUCCUGAGAAGUUCCGGCUCUGCUGCUCUGCUGGAGCUACAGCCAUUGACGGAUAUGCUCAUCUUGGGGUGGGGGUGGGGGAGACGGAGGGGCAGUAGUGGAUGGUGGUGGAUUCACACGAACAUGUUGUGUAUUAAUCUCUGGGCCUGGUGUUUUGUUUUGAAACAGAAACUUCCGGAAGGCAUGCUGAAACGGCUGGGCCUGACUCCGCCGAAGUGCCGGUACCUGCCCCUGUAUGUUCACGGCCGGCAGCUGUUGGUGCCGGGACCCGGGGAAGGGGACAGCUCUGUCUCCGAGACCCACGGCCUCCAGCUCAACGUGGUCAGCAAGCCCCCCCGCUACUUCCGAGAAGCCCUGAGGAAACUCGGGAUCCAGGGUCCGUGGCAGCAUGAGACCCCGGAGAGUCCAUCCCAGUGAUGGUGGGAUGUGCACAGCUCCAGGGUCAGUCGGGGCUGAGGGGCAGGAACAAGGGACCCCUGCCACAAGAGCGAGAGGUGUGUUGUGGUUUUUCCAUGGGUGACGCCGAGGUUCAGGGGAGAAAAAAACCAAGACUCGGAAGCUCACUCAACCACGAGAGUAUUUCCAGAGGCAUUCCGACAGAUCCGAGUCAGCGAGAGAGAGAUUGUUCACCUGCGUUCUUCGGAGAAACUGGACUGUGCAGCUGUUUGGGCGUUCCUGGGUUGAACAUGGUUUGUCGUACACGUGUCCAAAAGCUGGACGGGAAGUGGCAGUUCUGCUGAAAAGCGGGUGACUUGGCUCUGAUUAAGAUUUUUUGAGAACGAUAGAGCUUAUUGCUUUAAAUUAUUGGACAAACGGCGUUGAUUGAGGGAGGGAUUCUGCCAUUUGUGACUUAGCAACAGCCUCUGAAAUUGAGUUGACAUUCCAUUUGCAGAGGAGCUCUGUCAGUUGGUGACAGGCGGUAUCUCUCUGAUCGAAUCUGAGCCAUUGUGUGACAGAGGUGAAGAUUCUGUACAGUCACCAGUUCAAUCUCUUCCAUGAGGAAAAGGAACAAGUUGACGUAUUCUCUGUGUCUCUGCCUUGCUUUCAGGGAGUGGGAUGUGUUGCACAGCUCUGUUCAAAAGCAAUUCCACCCCAGAAUAAAUUAAUCUUUUUUUAGA